UUUAUAGAUGUUGAUGAGAAAUCAGAAGAUAAAUGAAGAUUCAACAACUCACAUGUCCACUGACAUCCAUAAUUUAAUUCCUUGUGGUGAUGUGGCUGGCCUGCUGGCAGUUAAUGUGAAACAGUGCAAAGAUUUCACCUCCAAAUUCAAUGUUAAACAUGACACCUACUUGCUGAUUCGCAUUAGUAUUGAUAAAAUCAUGAAAUGCACAAACCCCCAAAUGUACAGAGCACACUUCAGGAACAAAAAGAUGAAUGCAAUUUAUUUCGGAGAUGUGAGAUAUUUUUCUGUAAAGGUUCCAAAGCAGAAAAGUGAUCCUAGAAAUAAGAUUGUUUUAGAGUUGGUGGGCUUUGAAGGUCCAAAAGACUUUCCAAGGCUGUUUGGGAAUGUAACUAUGCACCUUUAUGAAAUUAUUCAGAAGCAGUCCUUCAUUGAAACAUGUCCUAUGAGGAUUAGAAACAUGAUUUUCUGCACAGUAGAGGUGCAAUUUAUGUUCUGCUAUGGAUGUCUUGGAUAUGGAUAUUCACAUCAGCUGAAAUUGCCAGGAUCAGAUCCUGCCCAGGCUGUGGCAUAUUCCAUGUUUCUACGGGUUCCACCACCAGAAGAUAGAAAAGAUCAUGCAAGCAAUGUCAUCAAACCGCGGCACAUGGAUUACCCUGCUUUCUUAUCACCGGAUCUAAAGGUCACAGGCGGGAGCCCUGAGUUGGAGACUCCUAGAGAAAGUUCAGAGCACUACAAAACCCUUCAGAGAGCUUUGAAAGAGCCACCCCGAGCAAGACUGGAGAAAAUGAAAAAAGAAUAUCGGACCUUAAGAACAUGGCGUGAAAAGGCUGAGUAUUUGGACCAGCUGAUUCUAAAAAGAGGACCAAAAUCAAAACCUCAACCAAAGAUGUCUCGCUUCAGAGAACUUGUUGAGAAGAUUCAUAUCCCUGUUUCUCAAGAAUCUACAUUUUAUGCUUCUUCAGAAGCAGCAGUGAAGGAAGAAAAACAAAUAUCUGAUAUUCAGAAAUUUUCAGGUAUUCCACCUGACUUAUCUAAUAUGUAUUUACAAAUUCCUGCACCGGUACCAUCCCGCGUUGAAAGUGACUCAGAAGAACCAGCGAAAGGUGAAAUCCUUGCCUCUGUUGAACAAAUUGAACUCCCAGCACUGACUGUCAUAUCUAGCGGGCCCCAGUCACCAGAAUCUUCAUCUGACAAAGAGAAAUUGGAACAGAAGAUUACAAGAGAAAAAAUUUCUCACGUGUCUGAAACUUCUCUAUCUAGUUCUGGAGAAAUCACAGCAGAGUUUUCAGAGACCGGCGACUCUGAACCCUCUCCUUUUCCUGGUCCUAGAAGCAAAAUAGUACGUGAAGAAAAAUCUGUAAUAGAAGCACCUGCCUUAGACUAUCUACCGGAACCAAAAGAGAAGUUGCCUUCUAAGACUUCAAAGGAAUCAUUUUCUGUUUCUGAAAUUCCUGUGAGAAUCUCAGAUUCAGUUGUUGAACCAGAACAGCAAUGGCCAUGGAAAGAGGUUACGUUCCAAGAUGCAUUUUUUAGUGAAAACAAGUUUGAACCCUUCUUGAGACGUGUUUGUAAGGUGCAGCCACCUACACUUAAUAAAAGCCCAAUAGACUAUUCCAUUCUUUUAGAAAAAACAUACACACCUGUUGAUGCCAAAGAACAAGAAGACCAGGAUCCACCUCCAGAUCUGCCUUUGACAAAAUUAGACAGUGGCUUAGACCCUAAAUUAAUAAAAAGCGGUGAGCAACUUUCAAUAUUAAGACUCAUUGAAAAAAAAAUGGAUUUAGAAGAGGAAGACAAAAAAAUUGCACUGCAAGAUGAAAAAGAAACAAAGCCAUCAACUAUAACUUCUGAAUUGUAUCCAAAGCCACAAGGAGAUAAACUAUCAGAAGCAGAGAUAAAACAGGUUAAUGUUUACUUCAGAAACUCCCUCGAAUCUUUUCUUGUUGAUAAAGUUGUAAAAGUGGUAGCACUUAAAUCACUUUUGAGCAAAAACAUUGAAAACCUAGUUGCAGAGAGACUUUCAGGAACAGAGUUACCCCAAGAAUUAGAAGACAGCAGCUCAUUAAAUGACAGAGAGAAAUGUUCACUGAAAGAAAUAACAACUAGUACCACAAAUAUGUUUCCAGAACCAGACAUUAGUGAACUGAAAGAUAUUGUGAGUCAACAUCUGCAGUCCCAACUUAUAGGGAAAUUGUCUGAAAAAGGGAUAAUCCCAGACAUGGCGCUAGCAGAGAACACCCAGCAGGUUUCUCUCCAGAGUUCUAGUGAUUUGCUUAAAAAAAUAAGUUUAUCAAAAGAGCUAACUCCACAAACUGAAAUAAUAACAAUAAAAGCAUUAAGUGAAAGUGAAAUAAAAGAACUUUCCAAAUCUGAAUCUAUGUAUGGUAAAGAAAGGAGUCACAAAAUCAAGCCAGUAUUUACAGAGGCAGAUUUAUCUGAAGACAGAAAAGAUGAUCACAAAGAGGCUACUUUACUUCCUCUUAAAAGCCAAACUAGUUCAGUCGAAGAACCGAAAGUGGAUUUAAGAAAUACACCCUCAAAAAAGUCAUUAGAAAUCAUUAAAGUAAAGUUACCAUUCAGCACUGAAACAGAAAAUAUUAAAAAAUACAGUUCCUUCCAUGAUACCCUCCUUCAAAAGAUUUUAAAAGCAGAAAUCAAAAGUUUAAAAUCAUUUUUAAGUAAAGGGAUUCAGGACCAUCUCAAGGAUAAACUUUCAGAAACUGGAUUAAGUGAAGAAGACUUGGAAAAAGUAUGCCAGAAGUUGUCCUUGAAUGUGAAGGAGAAAUCUAAUGAGGGCUUUAAUGACAGUGUGUUAAGCAAAAGUAUUCAAGACCUUUUAGAGGCACUUUCAGAGAGUGAAAUUGCCAAUUUAAAGUCUGCAUUGAACAGGAAGAUCCAAGACCAUCUCUCAGAGAGAAUUUCAGAAAUUGGACUGAUCACACAGGAAGAGUUAAGAAAAAUACUGGAAACUGUGUUUCCAGUUGUAGCCAAAGAAACAGCACUCAGGGCAGCUAAAGGACCAGAUUCAGUGAAAGAAGGGCAAAGUGUACAGCAAACAUCCCACGUAACUCAGAGUCUGCAAGACCGGUUCUCUGAAGAAGAACUGCAAAAUCUAAAGUCUCUCUGUGGCAGACUUUUGAAAGAAGGCCAGGGAGGCAAACUUUCAGAAUUAGAAGUACAAAGUUUAGCCUCUGUUUUGCAAAAAAGCCGCGAGGAGCUUCCUCCACCAAGUAUUUCUGAAACUGGGAUAAGCAAAGAAGUGGAAAUAAAGGAUGUGGAUCAUGAAGUAUCUCUAUCAAGUAUUGAAAGCAUUUCAAAAGUUAGUGACGUAGAUUUAUCUGACAAAGCAAAACAUCCUUCAUAUGAAAAUCUUCCUAAUACUACAACUGCAGGUGAAAAAUAUAAAAAGGAAAGUCUAGAUCUCCCUAUAAGCAGUAUUUUCGAAGUACAAACAAAGAACCAAGAAACCCAGACUUCUCUUUCCAGAAAAGUAAAACAGACUUCUAAAAAAGAACGUUACAGAUUGCCAGGUUACCCUGAUAAUUUAGAGGUGUCAAAUUUGAAGAGAAGGUCCUUUGAAGAAGUACCACAAAGUAAGCCUCAGAAGGAACCAUCGAAGAAAACAUCUGAACCAUUUGCCUUUUCCUCUUUUCUGAGUGCACAUGACAUUGGAGCCCAAACUGAAAUUAAAAAUUAUCUUUCCAAGUCUCCAAAUUAUCCUCCCAAGCCUCCCUUUCCAGUGAACCCUCAGACUUUUUUCUUUUUACACCCAGAUUCUGAGGAAGAAGCAAAGCCAGCCUGCAAGCACCAUCAAAAGGCCAAAAUCAAGAAGUCUGAGAGAAAGAAGGAUGCUGCGCUGCACCACUCACAGCAAGGAGGGUCGAAUCCUUCAGCCAAGAAGGAAAAGGCAAAUAGCAAAACGCUACCUAAGGACGUUUUAAAAGAAAAAGGCAAAAAACAUGGUGAGCUGACUUCUAAAAAAUCAAGCACAACAGAAAACAGGAAGGAUUCAAAAACAAUAUUACCUAUGAGUGGUGUAAAAAAGGAAAGCAUGAAACAGAAGCCUGAGAAGAAACAUGAUAAUGAAGUCAAACCAAAAAAAUCAUUUAGCAAGACAGCUACCCUGUCCGAUUCACAACUAUCAAAAAAUGUUCAAGAAAAAUCUUCUACAAUUAAAUUUCCUGCUACUGGGCACACAAAAGCAAAUACAUUGAAUUCUAUAGGCGUAGAAGAUUUAGAUCUGGAAGCUUAUAAGCAUCUUGAAAAAGCAAUAGAAAGAGCACUUCUUGAUUUACAAGGCGUUGAGGAAGGGAGCUGCAGCCAGGGAAAAUCAAUUUCUGCUCCAAAUGUUGCUGGUCUUAUGUCUAAAGAUGCACUUCGAUCGUUUCCUUCUGCACUGGAGACCCCAAGAAAUCAAGCAGGCACGAUAUCUGACAUGCUCAACAACCAGGAUCAAAUCUUCAAAAUGACACCUGAGCAGUUGGAGGUUGUUCUUAAGGUUCUCCACAAAAUAUUGAGGCAGAACUCCAGACCCCCAAAUAAUGGAUGAAUCUUAGCCUUCUGAUCCUCAAUCAGCUAGGAAUGUACUUUUGUGUUACUAUUUUCCCCUGGCCAUAAUGAAAAAUAAAACACUCUUAGUACAUUUUAGUUUGGAAAGCUUGAAAACUUAUUUAAAUUAUUACUAAGGUAACCUUAUAUUUCAUUUUUUUUUAAAUAAAAAGGUCAUUCCUCUUUUUGCCCCAGCCUGAUAACUUUGAAACAUAUCGGACCACAAUACUCAUAAUAAUCAACAAAGUGGCUGGACUGAAACAUGAUUUCUUCCCAGAGACUGACUGCUCUAUAAUUGCAGUUGAUUUAAAUAGUCCAGAGUUUAAUGAAAGUGUAAAUGUUAUGAAUCAUUUCAUUGAUCCAGGAUGCCAAGAAGUUUUUUUUUUUUUUUUUAAGAUUCCAACAUGGAACUCCUGUAUAAGAUUCCAACAUGGAACUCCAAAUCUAAUU